AUGCCGAAGAACGCUGGUACCGUCGUUAUCCGUGAGGUCGCGGAUGGCGUCUGGACCUUCUCCAAACCGUUUUCGAGGUUCGGCCUAAUCCCCUUCGGUGGUCGCUCGACCGCCAUCAAGCUGAGCGACGGCGGAGUCUGGGUCCUCGCUUCGACGCCGUUGACGCCAGAGACGAAGGCGAAGUUGAGCGAACUCGGACCCGUCACGUACAUCGUCGGUGCAGAUGCCGUGCACCAUCUCUUCCUUGGGGAGUACAAGAAGGCGUACCCAGACGCGAAGCUGAUUGCUGUGGAGGAGGCGAUCCAGAAGAAGGCCAAGGAGGGUCUCAAAUUUGAUGGAUCUUGGGGGAAGGAUCCAGAUGGCACGAACUACGGCUUUGAGGAUGACAUAAAGCAUGUCUUCUUCUCUGGAUUCAAGAACAAGGACGUAGCGUUCUUCCAUGAGGCGUCCAAAACACUGAUCGAGGCCGACUUGCUCUUCAACCUCCCAGCGAAAGAGCAGUACUCACUAACGGGCUCUUCCGGAAAGUUCCCCAUCUUCAAGAAUCUGCAUCCGUACAACAAGUUCCAUCACAACUUCGUCUGGUCGUUGGGGGUUGACAAGGAAGUGAUGGCGCGGGACGCGAGGACCGUAGCUGAGUGGGACUUCGAGAGAGUCAUUCCUUGCCACGGGGAUGUGAUCGAGAAGGAGGGGAACAAAGCCUGGAGGACCGUAUAUGCACGGUACUUGAAGUGA